AUGAUCAAGAACACAACCUGGUCUUGUAUUGAUGGAAAUCAGGCAGCAGCGCAUAUUGCAUAUGCUUUGAGUGAGGUUUCCUUCAUUUAUCCCAUAACUCCAUCAUCACCCAUGGGUGAGAUGGUGGAUGAGUGGGCAGCAAACGGAUUGAAGAACAUCUUCGGCCAAACUUUGAGCGUCACUGAAAUGCAGAGUGAAGCCGGCGCAGCUGGUGCUCUACAUGGCAGCUUGAAGGCUGGUACGUUUGCCUCUACAUAUACGGCUUCUCAAGGGUUGCUCCUUAUGAUACCGAAUAUGUAUAAGAUUGCUGGCGAGCUCCUCCCGUGUGUUAUGCAUGUAUCUGCUAGGACUUUGUGUGCUCACGCAUUGAACAUCUUUGGUGACCACAGCGAUGUUAUGGCCGCACGAACAACGGGAUGGGUCAUGCUCGCAUCCGAAAAUCCUCAGAUGGUUAUGGACCAGGCACUUGUGUCACACCUUGCGACCAUGGACAUGCGUGUCCCGGUUCUACACUUCUUUGAUGGUUUCCGUACUUCACACGAAGUUAACAAGGUGCGAGUCAUCAACUACGACGAUAUUAAGAAAAUUUUUCCAUGGGAUUCUGUAAAAACUCACCAUGACUCAGCUCUUUCACCUAUGAAUCCUCACAUCCAAGGCACAAACCAGGGUCCAGAUGUGUUCUUUCAGGCUGCUGAGGCUGCAAAUGCAAUUCACAAUACCAUUCCAGCAUAUAUGCAAAAGUGGUCCGAGAAAGUGGCAGAGAUUACUGGAAGACGAUAUGGAUUCUUUUCCUAUGAAGGUCAUCCUGAAGCAGAGAACGUUAUUGUAAUUAUGGGCAGUGGAGCAGUAACAGUUCACGAAACUGUGAAGUACCUUAAUUCACACCAGAACCAGAAAGUGGGUGUCCUGAAGGUGCGACUGUUCCGUCCAUGGAUCACAGAAAGAUUUAUGGCAGCUCUUCCAGCAUCGGUUAAGAGAAUUGCUGUGUUGGAUAGGGUUAAAGAAGUGGGCGCUAUUGGAGAGCCCUUGUUCUGUGAUGUAUGUACCACUUUGCAUCUGUCAGGAAUGGACCACAUCAAGGUUUACGGAGGAAGGUACGGUCUUGGAGGAAAGGAUUUUACCCCAGGAAUGGUCCUUUCCGUGUUCAAAAAUUUGGAAGCUGCACACCCCAAGACCAAGUUCACGGUCGGCAUUGUUGAUGAUGUAACGAACCUUUCCUUGAACGUUGAACAAGAAGUCGACAUGCUACCUUCAGGGACGAUUCAGUGCUUGAUCUAUGGAUUGGGCUCGGACGGUACCGUUGGUGCAAACAAGUCGGCCAUCAAAACAAUUGCGCAGAACACUGACAACUUUGCACAAGGCUACUUCGAAUAUGACUCGAAGAAGUCUGGAGGGUUGACAGUGUCCCAUCUUCGUUUCGGACCCCAUCCGAUCAAUGCUCCAUACCUUGUGAAAAACGCUGAUUACAUUGGAAUCCACAAGGAAAGCUAUCUUUCAAGGCUCGACAUGCUCCGAAACCUGAAGGAAAAUGGAACGGUUGUGAUCAAUUGCACCUUCGGUCCAGAGAAAGUAGAGAAUAUGCUUCCACCUCGUAUGAAAUACCAGCUUGCCUCGAAGAAGGCUUCUUUGUACUUGAUCAAUGCUGUCAAGGUUGGCAGGGAAACGGGAAUGGGAAAACGAAUCAACAUGGUCAUGCAAUCCGUUUUCUUCAAGCUCAGUCGUGUGCUGCCGUUUGAGAAAGCUAUCGAGUUAUUGAAGAAGGAUGUUCAAAAAAUGUAUGGAAAGAAGGGUGAAGAAGUCGUCAAGCGCAAUUGGGAUGCCAUCGAUCGUUCUAUUGAAAAUUUGGUUGAAGUUCCAGUGCCUGCUCAAUGGGCCCAGAUUCCGGUUACUACGAACAAAGAAAUCAGAAAAUCUACCCUUGAAUUCGUUGAUGAAAUUGUUGAACCUGUCAACAAAUUUGAGGGCAACGACUUGCCUGUAAGUGCGUUUGUCCCAGGUGGUCGUGUACCCACUGGAACAUCAGCAUUCGAGAAGAGAGGAAUUGCUCUCCAAGUGCCUCGUGUAGAUAUGGACAAAUGCACUCAGUGCAAUUACUGCUCCCUUAUCUGCCCUCACGCUGCCGUGAGACCAUUCCUGUUCACAAAGGCCGAGCUCGAAGGCGCCCCUGAAGGCAUCAAGAAAGGGUCCAGAAAGGCUAUUGGCGGUGGAGUUCUAGACAACUACAACUUUCGCGUUCAGGUGUCUCCACUUGACUGCACAGGAUGCGAAUUAUGUGUCCGCAUUUGUCCUGCUGAUGCUUUGUUCUUCGAGGAAACCGAUAAGGCUGUUGAGUUGGAAGCUGAGAACUGGAACUAUGCCAUUUCAGUGCCAAACAAGGGAGAGGAAAUUGACAAGACCACCGUUAAGGGUUCACAGUUUCAGCAGCCUUUGUUGGAAUUCAGCGGAGCUUGUGAAGGAUGCGGUGAAACUCCUUAUGUGAAGCUGUUGACUCAGCUUUUGGGAGACCGUUUGGUCGUUGCAAAUGCAACGGGAUGCUCUUCAAUUUGGGGUGCCUCUGCUCCAUCAUUCCCUUACACUGUCAAUGCACGUGGUGAAGGACCUGCCUGGGCGAAUUCUCUCUUUGAGGAUAAUGCUGAGUUUGGACUUGGAAUGCGUCGUGCAUUUAAGCAAAGGAGAAAUCAGCUCAUGUUCUUGGUUGACGAUGCUUUGGAGGAUAAAACUGUGCCGCUCAGUGACAAACUUCGCAAACUUCUCUCCCAAUAUUCCGUUAUGCGACAUGAAGAUAAGCUUGACAUGCUUUUGCCCAAAGGAAGAUCGUUUUACAAUCAGCUGCGGGAGAAGAUUAUUCCACUUCUGAGAGAGGAAGCUAAAAACCAUGAAAAGAUUCAGGAAUUGUGGGAUCAGGCGGAUAUAUUUGGAAGGCACAGUCACUGGAUUAUUGGUGGUGAUGGAUGGGCGUACGAUAUUGGAUUUGGAGGUUUAGAUCAUGUCUUGGCUAGUGAGGAGCAUAUCAAUGUUCUGGUCUUGGAUACCGAAAUGUAUUCCAACACUGGAGGUCAAGCUUCGAAGUCUACUCCACGUGGUGCUCAAGCCAAGUUUGCAGAAACUGGAAAAUUGACAGCCAAGAAGGACCUUGGGCAGUACGCUAUGACUUACAAGAACGUCUAUGUUGCAUCUAUUUGUAUCCAUGUCAACCAUCAACAAGCCAUCCGAGCACUUCUGGAGGCUGAAGCAUAUCCCGGACCUUCGCUUGUGAUUUGCUAUUCCCCAUGUAUUUCACAGGGCUUCCCAAUGGCUGAGGCCAUUCAACAAUGUCGCGAUGCAGUCGAGAGUGGAUAUUGGCCUUUGUAUCGUUACAAUCCUCUUCUCGCAGAGGGUGGAAACAAUCCCUUCCAGUUGGAUAGCAAGAAAAUCUCUGGCGACUUGUUCACUUUCUUGGCUCACGAAAAUCGCUUUGCAUCAGUUAUGAGGAGAAAUCCUUCCUAUGCCCAAGCGCAUCAAGACCGCUUACAACGACAGAUUGCAGACAGAGCGAAGGCUCUGAAUGUUUUGAGUCUUGAUGAACUUCCGGCAUCUCUCAAGGCUGCUGGUCCAUCCGAGAGUGUGACUGUGCUUUACGGCUCUGAGACUGGAAAUGCCGAGGAGCAAGCCAAAUCACUUUUUGCCGAUUUGAAAGCAAGAGGCACCUCAGCAACCCUAUCUAGCUUGGAUGACUUUGAUUUUGAGGAACUUCCAAAUCAAAGCACGGUUUUGGUUGUCAUUUCAACGUGUGGUCAAGGCGAAUUUCCGGCAAAUUCUCACAAAUUCUGGAUGAAGCUCUCUGAUCCCACACUGCCAAUGUCAUUUUUGGAAGGAAUCAAGUUUAGCGUGUUUGGUCUUGGUGAUUCCACGUACUCCUUGUUUUGUGUCGCUGCCGAAAGAAUUGAUGUGAGGCUGGCUGAGCUGGGUGCCACUAGAAUUUUGAAUCGUGGAAUUGGUGAUGACAGAGACGAGGACAGGUAUUACACGGGCUGGGAUAACUGGACACCGCAACUUUGGAAUGCUUUGCACGUCCCACAGAAACCAUUGGAGCGAAAGAUACCCAAACCUGCGUACAAGGUCACUCGUACCCAGGGAGAAGCUACCCCAUCAGUUUCGAAUGAUAAGCUUGUUCCUCCGGGAUCAAAUCCAUUGAAGCUGAUGGAAAACACGUUGCUCACGCCGGAGGGUUAUGACCGUGACAUCCGACACUAUGUGUUUAAAAUCAAGGAUACGAAUGUUGAAUACAAGGUUGGUGAUGUACUUGCAAUCUAUCCAAGAAACCACGUGGAUCAAGUUGAGGAGUUCUGCAAGAUGUAUGGUUUGGAUCCCAACGAAGAGCUCAAUGUCGUUUCUACUCCCGAGGCAAGAAAUCAGAUUCCUGAAGAGCUCAAUGUUCGUCAGCUUCUUCAGUGCGUGCUUGAUAUCUUCGGCAAGCCCAACAGGCGCUUCUACGAUACUUUGUCUCUCUUCGCCACAGACCCGGCUGAGAAGCAGAAGCUUGAGCUUAUCACUUCUGAAGACCCAGACGGCAAGGCCUUGUACAGAGAACUUUCACAUGACAUGGCAAAUCAUGCUGAUGUCUUGAAGCGUUUCCCUUCAGCAAGGCCUCCUCUGGAGCAGCUUAUGGACAUGAUUCCGGUGAUCAAACCGCGUUCCUACUCCAUCGCUUCAGCUCCAAGUAUGCACCCUGAUGAGAUUGAGCUUUGCAUCGUUGCUGUCGACUGGGAGGUGCCUUCAACGGGCGAGAAGAGAUUCGGGCAAUGCACAAGCUACCUGCGAACCACCAAGCCUGGAGACACCAUCAUGUGCUCUGUGAAACCAAGUUCCAUCGUCCUCCCUGAGGACAACAAGGCUCCUCUCCUUAUGGCAGGCAUGGGCACCGGUCUGGCGCCAUGGCGUGCCUUGACCCAGCAUCGCAUCGCCCUCAAGCAGCAAGGCAUCGAUGUUGGACCCUGCACCAUCUACUACGGCGCACGCAAGGGUGCAACCGAGUACCUCUACCGCGAGGAGUUCGAGAAGUACGAGAAGAUGGGAGUCCUAAGAAUGGUCACAGCCUUCUCGCGCGACCAGCCGCAAAAGAUUUAUGUGCAACAUCGCAUCAGAGAAGACUACGAGAAUGUGUUCCGACAGCUGAUGAAGGAGCAGGGCAGUUUCUAUGUGUGCGGAUCUUCUCGAAACGUUCCCGAAGAUAUCUACAACGCAAUGAAGGAGGUCAUGAUGCUUGGUGGAGGGAUGCAGGAGGCUGAUGCUGAAGCCGCUCUUGCUUCUCUCAAGAUGGACGGACGUUACACAGUCGAGGCUUGGUCGUAGAUUGCUUCGCAAGAGAAACGUUUUGAUUUGAAUGAACGAAGUUUCACAUCC